CGCAGAGAGCUUGUUCCGUCCAGGCAACCAAAAAGCAAGUUGCCCCGCCGCGCAGAGGAAGAAGAGAGCAGAGGAGGAUGGCUCGUACGAAGCAGACCGCCCGCAAGUCCACGGGAGGCAAGGCCCCCCGCAAGCAGCUCGCCACCAAGGCGGCGAGGAAGUCGGCGCCGACGACCGGCGGCGUGAAGAAGCCCCACAGGUACAGGCCCGGAACCGUGGCGCUGCGCGAGAUCCGCAAGUACCAGAAGAGCACGGAGCUGCUGAUCCGCAAGCUGCCCUUCCAGCGCCUGGUGCGCGAGAUCGCGCAGGACUUCAAGACAGACCUCCGGUUCCAGAGCCACGCCGUGCUGGCGCUCCAGGAGGCCGCCGAGGCCUACCUCGUCGGUCUCUUCGAGGACACCAACCUCUGCGCCAUCCACGCUAAGCGCGUCACCAUCAUGCCCAAGGACAUCCAGCUCGCCCGCCGCAUCCGUGGCGAGCGCGCGUAGCCAUCAUCUCCGGGGAUCUGAUGAAUGUCUAGUUACCAAACAAAUAGGCUGUAUUAGCGUCGUUGUUCUGUAUUCGUUAUUUUGGAUUCGGUUGCAGUGAAAAACAGCUUUAC